AUGGCUGACACCUGCUGCACCAGGACAUAUGUGAUUGCUGCAUCCACCACGUCUGUCUGCUCCAGUGACGUGGGCUGUGUCAGCCGAGUCUCCUCCCCCAGCACCUGUACCGGCUUCUCCUGGCAGGUGGACAAUUGCCAGGAGAGCUGCUGCGAGCCCCCCUGCUGUGCCCCCAGCUGCUGUACCACUAGCUGCUGUGCCCCACCCCUCUGUCUGGCCCUGGUCUGUGCCCCAGUGAGCUGUGAGCCCAGCCCCUGCCAAUCAGGCUGCACCAGCUCCUGCACACCCUCAUGCUGCCAGCAGUCUAGCUGCCAGCUGGCUUGCUGCACCUCCUCCCCCUGCCAACAGGCCUGUUGUGUACCCAUCUGCUGCAAGCCCAUCUACUGCGUGCCCAUCUGCUCUGAGUCUUCCUCUUCAUGCUGCCAGAAGACUAGCUGCCAGCCGGCUUGCUGCACCAUCUCCUGCUGCAGACCCUCCUCCUGCGUGUCCCUUCUCUGCCGCCCCGUGUGCAGGUCCACCUGCUGCAUGCCCAUCUCCUCCUGCUGUGCCCCUGCCUCCUCCUGCCAGCCCCGCUGCUGCCGCCCGGCCUCCUGCGUGUCCCUCUUCUGCCACCCUGAAUGCUCCUGCCCGGCCUGCUGA